GCCAUGUUUCCGUAUCUUAACUGCUAGCUAGCCAGAUCGUAAGCUUGUUAGCUAUCUUUAGCUAACUUAACUCGGCUGAAAACAAUAGACUAGCUACCCAACUAAUCUUAGUAUAUUUUCACAACGAGGCUAGUAUAACUACCUAAUUUUAUCAAACCAGCUAAAAAAUAAUAAUACGGUUGCUAGUUCGCUUGCUAACUAGUUGGCUACAUAAGUCUGAAGAUGUGUUUAAGUUGACCUAGGAAAUAGCUUCAGCUAGCUAGCUGUGUAACGUUAUUUGUUUGCCUCUGAUGUGAUGCCAAUCUCAAGAAGCAGUUUUUCCCGACUGUCCUCCCUCACCUCUCUGCCCUUCCCUGUCUGCGAGUAUGGCUCAGGAAACAAACCAGACACAGGUGCCAAUGCUGUGCGCCACGGGCUGUGGUUUCUACGGUAACCCGCGCACCAACGGCAUGUGCUCAGUCUGCUACAAGGAGCACCUUCAGAGACAAAAGGGAGGGGGUCGUGCCAGCCCCCCAGUCGCGGCAGCUCCCGCGGUGUCCCCGGCAGCGGCUGGUGUUUCCGUGGAGACCGCACCCGACCCCAGCACGGAUGGAUUCACCAAAUCCGAGGAAAGGAAGUCCAGUUCUCCCAGCCCAGUCACCCAGCAGAUGAUAGCCAUGAGCCUGUCCCAGGACAGCGGGACCACCGACUCGGACCGAGCGGAGGAGGAAGAGGAGGGGACUUCCAAAUCUACAGGGCUGGCCCUGGAAGCCCCCCAGCCCUCCUCGGACGGGGACCAGACCCCGGACAAGAGCAAGAAGAAGAACCGCUGCUUUACCUGCCGGAAAAAAGUGGGCCUCACGGGCUUUGACUGUCGCUGCGGCAACCUGUUCUGCGCCAUACAUCGCUACUCGGACAAACAUGACUGUCCCUAUGACUACCGGGGGGCCGCGGCCGCCCGCAUACGCAAGGAGAACCCCGUCGUGGUGGCCGAAAAGAUCCAGAAAUUUUCAAGUGAGGUCUAAUCAACCCUGACAAUCCCAUUGGCUGAAAUGAUGUGAGCAAAGCCAGGCGGCCUCCCGCUGGGGAACGUGCCGGCCGGUGUCGGGGGCCGCCCGUUCCUCCGGGACUCGGCCACAGGAAACAGCUGCUCGUGAGGGGGGGGGGGGGGCGGCACUCUCCAAAGCAGCCCCCCCUGAAGUCACACCGAAGUUCUUGUGUUCCUGCUACCUGAGCUCCUGUGGGUGUUCCCGAGCCUGUGUUAUUACUAUUUACGGGAGAAGCGGUUGGUUACAGGGGGGGCACCCACAAAGCCUGCUUUGAGUCCGUGCUGAUGCACUGCGGGUCAAGAGCGGGAUGGAGGUGCCCUCGGCUGUUGGAACAUUUAAAAAAACGUGCCGGUUGGAUCGAUGUCGGGGGGGUCCGUCUGUCAUUAGAACUAAGCUGCUUGUCAGAGUGCUUGGCCACACUGUUCCUGUCCAGUCGUUCACAUUGUCUGCACAUCUUUGGACAGUGGCCGGAAGGCUCACGGAAAUGUCUGAACUUGUAUACGAGCGUUCACACAGGUGUGCAUAGUUGGGGAGGGGGGGUGGGGGAGGAAGGGGGGAAACACCUCUGUAUGUGGCUCGAUUGUGCCUCCCGUAUCAUGACAAGAAAGAAAAAAAAAACGUUUGUUUUGAAAAGAAUUUGAACUUGUAACCUGAUUGCCUCCUUUAGCACAAAUUGUUGAUGCUGCAGUUGGCGUACUCAUCGUGCUCAGCUUGUCAUAACUACGUCUUUCAUGUGCUUAGUAAUGAAUUACCAUAUGUUACUUAUGUGUGGGGGGGGGGCAGGUGUCUCACGGUUACUCACUUCAUCAUUAACUAAGAGUUUACGGUGCUGAAAAAAUGAAUUGUGGAUGGAAUGGGUGACGUUUUUGUUUUUUUUUUUUCUUAUAGUGUGACGCAUCAACAGACAAGUGACUGUUCUGUUCAUGUUAUGAGCUAUUAUGUGAGGGUGGGUGGGGGAGGGGAGGGGAGGGGAGGUGAGGGCGGGGAGGCACAGGGAGCUGAAGCCCAGUGCAUUCUGGUCCUCUGACACGUCAGUCUCUCAGACAUACAGCCUCCCAGAGAGACGAUUGUAGGCAUCUUUUCAUUCUUUCUUUUUAAACUUUAGGAUUGUAUGGUGUGUAAGAAUAAAACAAUAAAAUCACAAAGUUUAUUUUAAAUUUAAA